AUAUAACCCUUUCUAACUCAUACUACCAGUGACUUGGUCAUCCUGUUUUAUAAUAUUCCCCAAUUCCAGAAAUGCAUACGAAUCUAGGGUUUCACUUUUCCACCUGUCGCUUCAAUUUCAGUUGAAAUUCACGUCUGAAACAACAAAUUGAGUGUCCACUAUGAGCAGAGACAGAAGCAGAAGUCCUGGUCGAGCCAAGCGGUUCCGCAGCAGAGACCGAGCUUCCUACCGUGAUGCACCACCGUACAAGAGGGAUAAACCUGCAUAUCGGCAAGAUUAUCUGUGCAACAAAUGUAGGCGACCUGGACACUUUGCCAGAGAUUGUCCAAACGCCACUGUCUGCAACAAUUGUGGACAUCCUGGCCAUGUUUCCGCUGAGUGCACAUCAACCACCAUGUGUUGGAACUGCAAGGAAUCAGGACACGUCUCAAGUGAAUGCCCCAACGAGUCCGUGUGCCACAUGUGUGGUAAAAUCGGUCAUCUGGCCCGUGAUUGUCAUAGCCCAAGUGCUUCGUCAUACGAUGCUCGUCUUUGCAACAACUGUUAUAAAGCCGGGCAUGUUGCAGCUGAUUGCACCAAUGAGAAAGCUUGCAAUAACUGUCGGAAAACAGGUCACCUUGCUCGUGACUGUCGUAAUGAUCCAGUUUGCAACAUUUGCAGCAUAGCUGGGCAUGUAGCUCGUCAGUGUCCCAAGUCGGGUUCGUCCAGUCUGGUGGGCUCUGUUAAAUCCCGCCCAUCUACCUUUCUGGGCCCGGUGGGCUCGUCAUUGAGGGAUGACCCUUUUCGGGACAUGAUCUGCCGGAAUUGUGGCCGGCCCGGUCAUAUUAGCCGGGACUGCGUUGAUAUGAUUAUGAUCUGCAGUAAUUGUGGUGGCAGGGGCCAUUUGGAUAUCGAGUGCCCGUCUGCCCGGGUGUAUAACUCGUUUGACUCAGCGUUUCUUGACCCGCGUUUUCGUAGGUACUGAUUAGUUCUGUGUCAACUCGGCGCAUGCAUCUCGAGUAGUGAGUUUGCCCAAUAUGUUUUAGAAAUGAUUGUUUGUAUUCGGCUGGACCUGUCUUUUGCUAUAGCUAGAGUGACUCCUUUUAUUUGAAAGUAGUUUUGCUAACAGCAUUCACAUUGGAA